GGUCAUGUGACGUGAUUAACUACCUAUAGUUCAGCUCUAUUCACCAACUUUUAUUCAUUCACACAUUGAUAGACUAUUGAUUACUGUGAAUAUGGCUGCUGUUUAUCACGAAGGAACAAUUAAAGGGGUGGACCCAGAUAAAUUCAGCGCUGAGAAGGCUGCCGAACGUCUACGAAAUGCUAUGAAAAAAUUGGGCGUGGAUGCAGCAGAAAUAAUCAGUGUUUUGGGUGAUCAUAAUAAUCUACAACGACAGAGCAUUAAAACCCAGUACAAGGCGAUGUAUGGACGGGAUUUAGUUGACGAUCUUGAAUGUGAACUCUCUGGUCAUCUUGAAGAACUCUGCGUGACCUUAUUGAUGCCAAGUCGAUAUUUUGAUGCUUAUGGUCUUCGACACGCAAUGCAGAGAAUUGGUACAAAAGAAAUCAUACUAACGGACAUCCUAGCAUCACGAUCUAACCAGGAAAUACAAGAAAUAAAGCAAGUUUAUAAAAAUGAUUUAUAUCAAGUGGAAUUAGAAGACGAUAUUAAAUCAGAAACGUUUGGUGAUUAUGAGAAAGUUUUACUGGGAUUAUUACAAGGUAACAGAGAUGAAAGUCAGUCUGUAGAUUAUAGUGUUGUUGAUAAAGAUGUAAAAGAUUUGUUGGAUAGUGGUGUAAAAAGGAAAGGAACAGAUGAAGAGACAUUUACUAGAAUCCUCGUCGAUAGAUCAAUCCCUCAUCUGAAAGCCAUUCUAGAUAAAUAUACUAAACUAGAACAAGAUAUUAAAUCAGAAACAAGUGGGGAUCUUCAAGCAGCUUAUCUUGCAAUAGUGAGAUUUGUUAAAGAUCCUUUAGAAUAUUUUGCCCGAUGUUUUUAUGAAAGUUUUGCUGGUCCAGGUACAGAUGAUGAGAGAUUAAUACAGUUGGUUGUUAGUCACUGUGAAAUUGAUUUGAAGGAUAUUGGUCUGGUAUAUCAGACACUAUAUAAACAAAAUUUAACUGAGGCUAUAAAAGAAGAAUGUCGUGGAGAUUAUGGCAAAUUAUUAUCCAAAAUAAUCACGUCCAAGGAUGAUAUGAUUUUAUCCGAGGCGUAACUACCAAACUUUUGCUCAUAAUUAUUAGAAAAAAAAAAGUUUUGUAUAUAAAUUGUUAUCAUCAAGAUUAUUAAUUAAAUAUUUAUAAAUAAAAAGACAAGGUAAAGUGAUAAACGCCGUUUUUCAAAGCUCUAAGUCGUUAGUGUUGAAAAGGUAGACAGUUUCAUAGUUUCAGAUAAAAACAGACUAUUAUUAUAUCUACAAAAAUAAUGAGAUUACGCAGUAGAAUAAAUUACACGUGAUAAAAAAUUAAUAUGCAGAUGUCGAGAAUAAUCGAUAUCGUUAUUUUUAAAUAUACGGGGUCUAUAUAUUUAGUUAUUAUUAUUACAAGUGUAUUUGUAAUAAAGAAAUGAAAAAUA